ACAGAACUGGUCAUACUAAUUGUAAAAACGUAAACAAAUUGUCGGCAACACGUGUGCCCACUUGGUUUUCGUUUUAUUCAAUAAAAACAUCUUUAAUAAUGGAAUUAUUUACUGUAAAUAGAUAUACAGAGAGUUUCAAGAAAUCAAAAGAUGGAAUCAAAGAAACCGCCAGCAACGAGGAUGAAAUCCUGCAGAAAUUGCUUCAAAAAGCAGCAAAACGCAAGAGGAAGUCCAAGGAAAGUGAAGCUAUAGAAACACCUGCUCCAGAAAAAGAAAUUCCAGAUGAAGAGGAAAAGGUUUCCAAGGAGGAGGAGCAGGUGGAGCAACUGGAAGAACACAAGGAAGUAGUUGAGGAGCAGGAUGUGCCCUCCAAUGAGUUUCAAGUCCUCGGUGGCGAUGGAUCGGCGGCCAAGAAGAGAAAGGUUGAGAUGCAGCUGCCCAGUUGGUUGGGCCAUCCCACGAUCAUCGAAGGUGGGAGCCUUCUGCCCGAUGAGGAGGUACCCGCUUCGGAGGCCAUUGAUCAGCUGGACUACUUGGACAAAUCGACUUGUUUGGCCCUCAAGCAGAUGAAGAUCAAGCGCCUGUUUCCUGUCCAACGGCAGGUGAUUCCCUGGAUUCUGGAGGCACAUGCCAAACCGGCACCCUUUCGACCACGGGACAUCUGUGUUUCUGCUCCCACGGGCAGCGGAAAAACGUUGGCUUUUGCAAUUCCAAUUGUUCAGUUGCUAUCGCAACGUGUCGAGUGCAAGGUUCGGGCUUUGGUGGUGCUACCAGUGGCAGAGUUGGCUCUGCAGGUCUUCCGGGUCAUCAGUUCGCUGUGCGCUAAAACAGAUCUUGAGGUUUGUCUGCUGUCCAAGCAGCACAAGCUGGAAGACGAACAGGAGAAGUUGGUGGAGCUGUACAAGGGCAAAUACUACUCGAAGGUGGACAUUGUUGUGACCACGCCAGGUCGAUUGGUGGACCAUCUGCAUGCCACCAAAGGCUUUUGUCUGAAGAACCUCAAGUUCCUGAUUAUCGACGAGGCAGAUCGGAUAAUGGACGCCGUUUUCCAAAACUGGCUUUAUCACCUGGACAGCCAUGUCAAGGAAACUACAGACCAAUUGCUGGCGGGCACACAAGCUCCUCUUUGCUAUGCGGAGCUCAAGUCCAGUUUUGGCAAGCAGCCACAUAAGCUCCUGUUCUCGGCCACUCUGUCACAGGAUCCGGAAAAGCUGCAGAACCUGCGACUCUUUCAGCCACGCCUGUUUACCACUGUGUUUACCCUGCCCGUGAUCAAGGAUGCGGCGGAUGAAGACGCUGAUCCCGAAUCGAAUCCAGAUCGCGGGCAAUUUGUGGGCAAAUACACAACACCGGCUGAGUUGACAGAACAAUUCUGUGUUACGGAGCUGCGGCUGAAACCGCUGACUCUGUUCGCUCUGGUGGAGGAGAACAAAUGGAAGCGGUUCCUAUGCUUCACCAACAGUACGGAUCAAGCCAGUCGCCUGGCAUUCGUGAUGCAGAAGCUCUUCAGAGGGACACAAACCAGAGUGGCCGAGCUGUCGGGCAAUCUUUCAGCUCUGGUUCGAAGCAAAACCCUCAAAGACUUCGCUGCUGGGCGUGUAAAUGGACUGAUCUGCUCAGAUGCCCUGGCGCGAGGUAUCGAUGUGGCGGAUGUGGAUGUGGUGCUGUCCUACGAGGCACCACGCCACAUUAAAACCCACAUCCAUCGAGUGGGUCGAACGGCUCGAGCUGGAAGAAAGGGAACUGCAGUUACGCUGCUAACUGAACAAGAUCAGGCAGCAUUCAAGAAGGUGCUCCACGAUGUGGGCAAGGGCUUGGGCGAAGAGAUCCACGUUUCCCCAGACAUUGAGGUGCAGCAUGCGGAUAAGUACAAACAGGCUUUGAGCAAUCUGCGCAGCCGACAGGAGGGUGAAAAGGUUAAGAAGGCGGUGCACAAGAAACGUGUGGCCCAGCAGGCUUUGGUCCACAAGAGACACGAGGAAGAUGGUGCCGAUCGUCCACUUACGUUAAUGGAGAAGCUGCAGCUCAAGGCAGCCUCUGGUAAAAUAGAGCAACCCAAGAAGGAGAGCAAACCCAAUGCAGACAAAUCAAAAGCCAAGCCGAGGGAAACCAAAAAACAACGCAUCGCCAAAAAGCGAAAGGCCAUCGAAAACUAAAACUUGGAAAGACCAUCUGGAAUAUAUUGUUUGUUUUAGUUUAUUUUAAUAUAAUAAUAUAAAUGACAAUUUAAA